AGAAUUCCUGGGCCCGCGACGGUGGCCCGGAAGCAGUCCCCGGUGUCGGGGCAGGAGGGACGCGAGCUGCUGAGGCGAGGUCGCUCAGCGCAGCUGUUGCGGGGCCAUGGCGGGGACGGCGCUCAAGAGGCUGAUGGCCGAGUACAAACAAUUAACACUGAAUCCUCCGGAAGGAAUUGUAGCAGGCCCCAUGAAUGAAGAGAAUUUUUUUGAAUGGGAGGCAUUGAUCAUGGGCCCAGAAGACACCUGCUUUGAGUUUGGCGUUUUUCCUGCCAUCCUGAGUUUCCCACUUGAUUACCCGUUAAGUCCCCCAAAGAUGAGAUUUACCUGUGAGAUGUUUCAUCCCAACAUCUACCCUGAUGGGAGAGUCUGCAUUUCCAUCCUCCACGCGCCAGGUGACGACCCAAUGGGCUACGAGAGCAGCGCGGAGCGGUGGAGUCCUGUGCAGAGCGUGGAGAAGAUCCUGCUGUCGGUGGUGAGCAUGCUGGCAGAGCCCAAUGAUGAAAGUGGAGCUAACGUGGAUGCGUCCAAAAUGUGGCGCGAUGACCGGGAGCAGUUCUAUAAGAUUGCCAAGCAGAUCGUCCAGAAGUCUCUGGGACUGUAAGACCGGGCCUCGCACAGGCGCACACACACCGCCAAGCAGCUCAGCAUUCUCCCCCGAGCACUUAGUGACAGUGAUACUCUGUGCUGGUACCAAACAAGGCAGACUUGCAAGAACCACAGCAUCUUUUUUUUUUUUUUCAAACCUUUCCCACUUCAAACAGGCUUCUCUUCUGAAAUGAUGACUUAAUGUCGAAUAUUGACAGCUUACUGCAGUUUUACAGUAUUCCUCACAAAGGGCUUCAGGUAGAUUAUCAGAGCUGUCAGCACUACCUCUCCCCGCUGAAACCAGCAGUUCAUGGCUUCCUGUGGAUUCCCUCCAUCCCUGGAGUGUUGAGGGGGUUGUACCUGCCAGACUUCCAGGGCACGAUGGAAUACCCAGAACGCUCCUUCUGAAGAAAUGGGGCCCUGUAGCUGCAGCACAGGGGAAGGGCCCGGCACCCUUUCUGGGUCCCUCCUGGUUCCCUGUGGGCCCCAUGAGAAGUCCAUUACUUCCUUUCUUCCUUCAUAUUUUACAGGCAGAUGCUUUUCUUAUAAUCUAAUUACAUCUUUUUCAUUUGUUAUGUAUUACAAACCAUCACACUUAGAAAUACUUCCAGGAAAUGCUUUUUUAAAGUGUGAAUUAAUAAGAAAUGGGGUAGAUAGAAAUUUAUCACUGAUUGGCCAGUCGCGGUGGUUCAUGCCUGUAAUCCCAGCACUUUGGGAGGCCAAGGCAGGUAGAUCACAAGGUCAGGAGAUUGAGACCAUCCUGGCUAAUACAGUGAAACCCCAUGUCUACUAAAAUUACAAAAAAUUAGCUGGGCGUGGUGGUGCACACCUGUAGUUUCAGCUACUCAGGAGGCUGAGGCAGGAGAAUCUCUUGAACCUGGGAGGCAGAGGUAGCAGUGAGCUGAGGUCCUGCCACUGCACUCCAGCCUGGGCAACAGAGCGAGACUCAGUCUCAAAAAAAAAAAAAAAAAAAAAAAAAAAAAAAAAGAAAUUUAUUGCUGAUCACAAGGACAGUUUUUUCCCGACCAUACUCAUCAAGGAUUUACAUUUGCAUAUUAGUAACUAGUGCAUUACUAGAGCAGGUGCAGGUGAGGUCUUUAAAGUUUCAAUGGAAGUUUCUUCUGGAUCUACGGAAAUUUUUUUUUUUUCCAAUCUAAAAACUGGAAAUUCUAGGGUUUUUGUACAUUUUGGAUGCACUGGGAAUUUAUUAGCACAAAAUCAUUCUUUGCAACUCAAAAGUCAGAAGGGACUGUAGCUCAGAGCACAGAGGAGUGCCUUAUCCCCACACUUGACUGGGCUGUGGAGGUGGGCAUGUGGGCCUCUGGGCCCAGGCUGGGGACAGAGCCCUUAUUUUAUGACUUAGGAUUUUGAUGUGAUUCCCAUGUUCUCUAACAGGGCCAGCUGAGCAGCACAGGCCAGGAGGCCACUGUGUAAGCAAUAACAGAUCUGCCACAUGCAGAAGCAAAUAUUAGGCCUGUUGCACACAGGCGGCAUUUAAAUAGGAAUUUCUAUUUUUGAAAUAAGGGAUGGUCUGCGAGGCAUACAGUAGAUUUGAUGUGAUCCUUUUCUCCCUCCCUUCCAUAAUGGAUCGUGGUCUGUGUGACUGAACCCACACAGAGUGUCAUGGGUGACAGUUUCUGGUUGAAGUAGCUCCACGUUGGGCUUCUGUGGACAGCAGAUUCUUUUCCUUCUCACAAGGGACUCAUUCAAAAUUUGGAGGCUGGGUGCCGUGGCUCAUGCCUGCAACCCCAGCACUUUGGGAGACUGAGGCGGGCGGAUCAUGAGGUCAGGAGAUCGAGACCAUCCUGGCUAAUGGUGAAACCUUGUCUCCACUAAAAAUACAAAAACUUAGCCGGGUAUGGUGUCGGGCACCUGUAGUACCAGCUACUCCGGAGACUGAGACGGGAAUGGCGUGAACCCGGAGGCGGAGCUUGCAGUGAGCUGAGAUCGCGCCACUGCACUCCAGCCUGGGCGACAGAGUGAGACUCCGUCUCCAAAAAAAAAAAAAAAAAAAAAGAAAUGGAACGCAGGGCAAGAACUCGUAUUUGGAAGGAGAUGGGGGAAAGGAGCGGUAUUGUACCUAAGUAGUAUUCUCAGGCAAAUGAGAUGGAGCCCUCUCUGUAAAGAAGAGUCAUUUGUGCAAGUAGACGGGGUCUGUGGGUGCAGGCCCUGGAGGGGCACACAAUUGCAUGGAGGCUUCUGUGAGAUCGGGAGAGGGAGGAGAGGCAGUCUCUUGACAAAAUAAAGUAUUUUUAUUCAUUUGUGUUUAUUAAAUGAAAAAACAAUGCCGUGGUGUCCCUGUUGUGUGGUGGAACCUAAUCACUGUUGAAAUAAAGUUCUGUGUUUUCCCUGC